AUGGGGGACAGGAAGGGUGUGGCUGGCUCUCGCUCAGCCCCUGGCCAGCUGGGAGGCUGGGGUUGCCAGCCCAUUGCUGUGGCCAAAGCAGCUCAAGACUGCAAAGUUGCCAGGAGCCGGCAGGUGCAGGGAGGCGUCCAGCCCCGAGUCGCGAGUGCCUUUGCUGCUCUGAACAGUGUGCCCGCGGCGUCCUCCAGCAUCCGCCACGGUGGCUGCUUCCCGAACGUGAAGACCAACUCUGUGCUGCGUUGCCAAGUCCUGGCUUCCAGCAGGAGGGCCCAGGGCGCCGUGCGCCAGGAAGCCCCGGCCGGCUGUGACGUGGCUGUGCCUGCGGCGGGCCAGUUUCGUGAUGGCAGCGGCGGCCUUGGGCUGAGUCCCUGGCGCCUGUGCCCGCCUGCCUUGCUGGGUGUGGGGAGCUGUUUCGGUUGUGGGGGAGGCUCCUUCCCGGUCUCCCGAUGGGACCUGUGGAGCUGCCAGAAGACCAGAACAGGUGGCAGCGCCGGGCUGCAGCCCCCCAGACCCCCGCUUCCAAGCCCGGCCUGUGCCGGGCCCUCCAGUCCCCCCGCUUCCAAGCCCGGCCUGUGCGGGGCAGUGGGCCAGAGUCCUGGCCCUAGUCCAAGUCCCGGGGCUGCUCGCCUCACGGUCCUCGCGGCUGGGCUGUGUGUGUGUCAACCUGUGACCUCACUCCAGGCCCCGAGAUUCCGCCCGCCGAGGAAGUCUCGCCACGACUGGAUCGGCCCCCCGGACAGAGAGUCGAACCUUCGACCCGUUCACUUUUACGUCCCUGAAAACGAGUCAGCCCUGGAACAGCAGCUCAGAGCACUGAGGCAGGAAACGCAGGAGUGGAACCAGCGGUUCUGGGCGGAGCAGAACCUGGCCUUCAGCAAGGAAAGAGAAGAGUUCAUUCACUCGAGACUCAGGGCCAGGGGCCUGGGCCUGAAGACCGAGUCAGGUUAGCUCCUGGACCGUCCUGCUGACUUGCGUUUGAGUGACCUCGUGAAGGGCGCAGCCAGGCAGCCACGUUGCCUGGAGGGGGGAGGCUCGGCCCGGACUCUUCUCCCCGCGCCUGUGCCGCCCUGGACCUCGGGCCAUGCUGAGCGCCGGGGCGCCGCCCCGCUCCCCACU